UUAAAAAUGUUUUCAAUCAAGUUAUCCGAAAUUUGCGUUUUUUUACUUUACGCAAUUUUGUUUAUUGAAGCAUAUAUUAAUACGAUAAAAAAUACAGCAAUCAUUAAUCAUUUUUGUGAAAACAAUUUUUGGAAAAAUUUAUCUAAUUUACAGGAAGUGAGAUAUGGUAAAGAUUAUUAUUACUUAGAUAAUAUUAAUUGCGAGGCCGAUUUAUCAACAAGCAAUCGUAGAAUACGUAGCACUGCAUUAUUCCUUAGUUGUCUUUACGCUCAUGAUUUAAGACAAAUAUUCAAAAUGGUCGAUGAUUAUCAAAAUAUAUGUCGAAUAAUUCUAGAAAACAAAAUUAAUCCCUAUCAAUGUACCAUGAAUUUAUUGAAAGUUAUUAAAAACAUUACUCUAUUGGCAACAGUCAUAAAAGAAUCAUUGAUUUCAUUAGAUGCGGUAUAUAAUAUGCCACCAGACCAAACAAUAGAAGAUUAUAUAUUAUAUGAUUUUUUGUCGCGUUUACAAGAAGUUGAAAAAACUGUUGCUAAUGAAUCUCCGUCGCAGGAUAAUUCAAGGGAUUGUGAAAUGAUCUUAUUAAAUAUUAAAAAUAUUUUUAAAUCAAAGAUAGAAGAUAUGGACGAAGAAAUUCAAGGCAAACGUAAAAGAGAAUGUAAGUUUAACACUAUCAAUUUAUAUCCAAUGUGGCAAGAUUCGAAUGCAGUGAAUAAUAUAGAAAAUGAUGAUUAUUAUUUUAAAAAUUUGAAUAAACAAUUUGAUAAUGAAUUUCAGAAGAUUAUUGUAGAAAAGUAUUACAAUUUAGGCUUCUAUUUCAACAAAAAUAUUAAGAUGAUUCAUAUACCAACGCCAGGAAAAGAUCUCUAUGAUAAAGAAAAUGAGUUAAACAAAUCAGAAUUUAUGAAGAAAGAAAUAGGAAAGAAAUCACCAACUGAAGUAGAACAAUUAUUGAAAUUUCUUAAACAAGCAUUAAUUGUGAAUUAAAAUUCAUCUGAAGGAAUAUAUUAAUAUUUAAAACUCAUCUGACUCCAGCAAAAAAAAAUUAAAGAUAUA